AGAUUUAUAAUAAGUGACUGGGACACACACCAUGGCUGCUGUGGAGGUGCUUCUCUUCGUCUUGAUGCUAGUCAUUAUCGUAGUGUCGUUGCUGUCCAACGGCGUGGUGCUGAUCUGCUUUCUGUACAACCCACAGAUCAGGAAGCAAGUGCCCUGUGUGUUCACCCUCAACCUCACUUUUUGUAACUUGUUGCUGACCGUUUCCAACAUGCCUCUAACUCUGGUGGGUCUCGUCAACAAGGCUCAGCCUGGAAGUGACACCUUCUGUCAGUUGGUCGGCUUCUCGGAGACGUUUUUAACCACUAAUUCGAUGUUGAGCAUGGCCGCUCUGAGCAUCGACAGGUGGAUCGCUGUCGUGUUCCCGUUGAGGUACCACUCUAGAAUACGACAUAGAGAUGCCGCUCUCGUGCUCGGAUACACGUGGAUACAUUCUAUGUCUUUUUCGACAGCGGCUGCUUGCCUCUCGUGGGUGGGAUACCGUCCGCUGUACGCGUCGUGCACGCUCUCCGACGUGACGGACAACAGUCAGACUCCGUUUGUUGUCUUUACUGUGGUGUUUCACUCCCUCACCUUUCUCCUGUCCUUUCUAGUCCUGUGUGUCACAUACCUGAAAGUGCUGAAGGUGGCAAGGUUCCACUGUAGACGGAUAGACGUUAUCACAAUGCAAACUUUAGUGCUGCUUGUGGAUAUUCACCCAAGUGUUCGAGAGCGUUGUCUGGAGGAGCAGAAGAGGAGGAGACAGAGAGCAACCAGGAAGAUCAGUACCUUCAUCGGCACGUUCAUGGUCUGCUUUGCUCCCUACGUCAUCACCAGGAUUGUGGAGUUAUUUCCGUCCGUGCCUAUCGACCACCGCUGGGGAGUGGUCUCCAAGUGCCUGGCCUACAGCAAGGCGGCCUGCGACCCCUUCGUCUACUCCCUGCUCCGUAACCAGUACAAGAAGACGUGUGGUGACAUCAUCAACAGGCUACUGAAGCCCAGCUCUAUGAAUGCAUCUGGACCAGGUCACCACGACAACCAUGAGACUAGAGGGAGGAACAACACAGUCCAGACUGCAGCAGACUGAUGCCGGGGGUUGUGUUACUGUCUAAGGGUUGACAGUCUAUGUUCAGACUGAGGCCGGGGGUUGUGUUAUUGUCUAAGGGUUGAUAGUCUAUGUUCAGACUGAUGCCGGGGGUUGUGUUACUGUCUAAGGGUUGAUAGUCUAUGUUCAGACUGAGGAAGGGGGUUGUGUUACUGUCUAAGGGUUGAUACUCUAUGUUCAGACUGAGGAAGGGGGUUGUGUUACUGUCUAAGGGUUGAUACUCUAUGUUCAGACUGAGGAAGGGGGUUGUGUUACUGUCUAAGGGUUGAUACUCUAUGUUCAGACUGAGGAAGGGGGUUGUGUUACUGUCUAAGGGUUGAUACUCUAUGUUCAGACUGAGGAAGGGGGUUGUGUUACUGUCUAAGAGUUGAUACUCAAUGUUCAGACUGAGGAAGGGGGUUGUGUUAUUGUCUAAGGGUUGAUACUCUAUGUUCAGACUGAGGCUGGGGGUUGUGUUAUUGUCUAAGGGUUGACAGUCUAUGUUCAGACUGAGGAAGGGGGUUGUGUUACUGUCUAAGGGUUGAUACUCUAUGUUCAGACUGAGGCCGGGGGUUGUGUUACUGUCUAAGGGUUGACAGUCUAUGUUCAGACUGAGGCCGGGGGUUGUUGUGUUAUUGUCUAAGGGUUGACAGUCUAUGUUCAGACUGAGGAAGGGGGUUGUGUUAUUGUCUAAGGGUUGAUGGUCUAUGUUCAGUCUGAUAUAUGUGGUACUGUUAUUGUCUAAGGGUUGACAGUCUAUGUUCAGACUGAGGAAGGGGGUUAUGUUAUUGUCUAAGGGUUGACAGUCUAUGUUCAGACUGAGGCCGGGGGUUGUGUUAUUGUCUAAGGGUUGAUAGUCUAUGUUCAGACUGAGGCCGGGGGUUGUGUUAUUGUCUAAGGGUUGACAGUCUAUGUUCAGACUGAUGUAUGUGUUACUGUUACUGUCUAAGGGUUGAUACUCUAUGUUCAGUCUGAGGCCGGGGGUUGUGUUAUUGUCUAAGGGUUGAUAGUCUAUGUUCAGACUGAGGAAGGGGGUUGUGUUACUGUCUAAGGGUUGACAGUCUAUGUUCAGACUGAGGAAGUGGGUUGUGUUACUGUCUAAGGGUUGAUAGUCUAUGUUCAGACUGAGGCCGGGGGUUGUGUUAUUGUCUAAGGGUUGAUACUCUAUGUUCAGUCUGAUGUAUGUGGUACAGUUAUUGUCUAAUACUCUAUAUGAGAAUAUAAAGUUACAUGUCACAUAACAAGAACACAGGAAGAACAGAGGCAAGGAUUUCUGGGAUACGGUUCAGUGUAUUUCUGUGGUUAUCCUAAUCCCGUCACACAGCGACCGAUACGGCCGCAGCAUGAACGUGUGGUUGUGAAGAAGAUGGACUCCGGGCAGAUUUGUGUUGAGGCAGACUUACUCUCACUGAGAACCAAUUCCUCUUAUGUUGAUCCUACUGAGGAGAGGUAGUUGUGAGCCGUAAACACACUAGCCAUUCUAUGAUUGUCAGCAUUUGUAUGCUUUCACAUUACCAACAAAUAUAUCUAUACCACUACACUCCAACAAGGGUUAAACGGCUGUCCCCAUAGGAGAACCCCUUUUUGGUUCCGAGAAGAACUCUUUUGUGUUCCGUGUUAAACCCUCUGUGGAACAGGGUUCUACCUGCAACCAAAACGAGUUCUCCAAAGGGUUGUCCAAUGGAAACAGCCGAACAACCCCUUUGGGUUCUUGAUAUCACCUUUUUCCCCCUAAGAGUGUAGGAGUAACGUUACAUAAAGACAUGGAAGGUACGAAUAGUUGUACAGUAUGUUUUAGUAUGUGUGCUGAGUUUGGGGGUAUGGUGGCCCUGAGGGGCCAAGUAGCUUUGUAUGAAGGGGGUACCUCAGUAAGUGUUGUGGUGUUGAAAGGUAGCACAUAACAUGGCACCUAAAGGAGAGGAUACAAUCUGAUUAUUACUGUGAUGACGACGUGUUAGGAAAACACAUUGAGGCUUGUUACCUGGGCGAUAGACUCAGGUAUUUAAAACACAUUGAGGCUUGUUACCUGGGAGAUAGACUCAGGUAUUUAAAACACAUUGAGGCUUGUUACCUGGGAGAUAGACUCAGGUAUUUAAAACACAUUGAGGCUUGUUGCCUGGGCGAUAGACUCAGGUAUUUAAAACACAUUGAGGCUUGUUGCCUGGGCGAUAGACUCAGGUAUUUAAAACACAUUGAGGCUUGUUACCUGGGAGAUAGACUCAGGUAUUUAAAACACAUUGAGGCUUGUUACCUGGGAGAUAGACUCAGGUAUUUAAAACACAUUGAGGCUUGUUACCUGGGAGAUAGACUCAGGUAUUUAAAACACAUUGAGACUUGUUGCCUGGGCGAUAGACUCAGGUAUUUAAAACACAUUGAGGCUUGUUACCUGGGAGAUAGACUCAGGUAUUUAAAACACAUUGAGGCUUGUUGCCUGGGCGAUAGACUCAGGUAUUUAAAACACAUUGAGGCUUG